GCCGGCGCCAUCGCAGCCUUCACCAUCGACCUGCUCGUCUACCCGCUCGACACGCUCAAGACGCGCAUCCAAUCCCCAGACUAUGCGAGAUUAUAUCUUGUGGGAGAGACGGGGAGGUGGAAUCGCGCGCUGUUCAGGGGAUUGUACCAGGGGGUCGGGAGCGUGGUGUUGGCGACGUUGCCGAGCUCAGGAGCAUUCUUCACGACGUACGAGCACGCCAAAGCCCUCCUGAGCACCACGGCGACGACACGAAACGCGCCAUUCCUCCCCGCGCCCGUCGUCCACGCGGCCGCCUCGUCGCUGGCGGAACUGGUCUCGUGUGCGAUCCUCACGCCCGCCGAGGUGAUUAAGCAGAAUGCGCAGAUGGUAGACACAUCAUCACCCUCCUCCUCCUCCUCCUCCUCCUCCUCCUCCUCCAAACCCAGCACAACCACCCCUUCCAACCCCUCCGGCAACAACCGCCCAAGCGCCAACGCAACCCUCGUCACGCUCUCCAAAUUCCGGCACCAGCCCCUCGCCCUCUGGCGCGGCUACACGGCGCUCGCCGGGCGCAACCUGCCCUUCACGGCGCUGCAGUUCCCGAUGUUUGAGCGCCUGCGCGAGGCGAUGCAUGCGUAUAGGGAACGCAAGGGGAUUCGCACGGGAAGUUUGACGGAGAGGAGCGUGGUCACGGCCUUGAGUGCGGGGGCGGCGGGGAGUGUGGCGGCUGUGGCGACGACGCCGGUGGAUGUGGUUAAGACGAGGGUGAUGCUUGGGGCGGGGGAGGAGGGGGGAGGGGGAGGUCACAGAUAUAGCGGCAGUGGCGAUAGGAGGAAGGGGGCGUGGGCGAUUGGGAAGGAGAUUCUUAGGGACAAGGGCGUGGUGGGGUUGUGGAGGGGGGGUGCGUUGAGGGCUGUGUGGACGUUUGUCGGGAGUGGGUUGUAUCUUGGGACGUAUGAUGCGGGGAGGAUUUAUCUGGCGAGGCGGAGGGGGCAGGAGGUUGGGGAGAAGGAUUUGGUGUAG